AUGUCUGUAACCCUCUUCUCCGUGCUGGUGCUGCCGCGAGGCGGCUUCUACUUCAACUCGACCGGCAUGAUGGCCUGCGACCCGUUCUACUCGCGCGCCUCCAUCCGGAUCCUGGCAGCGUGCGGCUUCUACUUCCCCACCACCAUGAUCCUGAUGUACUGCUACGGGUCCGCUUUCCACGUCAACAAGCUGCGGCUGAGAAAGUCCGGGUGCAACUUUUUCUGCCAGAAAAAACAAGAUCAGAAAGAGCACCAGCAGUCCCACCAAAACUUCCAACACCAGCCACACUGCUGCAGCAACAUCAUCCCAGACCCAAUGGUAACCUGUCAUAACCACGCCCCGGGCUGCGACCUUGAAGGCCUAUCGGAGAAGUACUGGGGAGAGAUCCUGGAACGCACUCUUUCCUCUAAUUCCCUCCACGCCCUCCAAAGAGCAUAUUCUCACACCAGGAUGGAUUCCUGCAACGGCUUACAGCAGCACGAGAUGAGAACAUUCGAUACUGCCGCGCCGGAUUUAUGA